GCUCAAAAAAUCCUGGGGAAAUAGCAAAAGGAAAGAAAAACAGUUUUCGGGGGGAAACUCUGCUCCAUUUCAUCCGAAAGACACGCGCCCGUGGCAUCGACCAGCAUGACCACAAGCUGCCAGAAGCGAGCGGCAACAUCCGCGUCAAAGCAACAGUCGCGCGUGACCAUGUUUUGAUUUAUAAUUAUCGGGGAGGAAAAAACAACAACAACAACAACAACCGAACGCCUGCGAAAAAAAACCUGGAUACGCUCUGAAAGCAUAAGAAAGAUCGAUCUAAAAAAAAAAAAAGAAGAAGAAGAAAACUACAUUUUGAUUGAUCUUUAGCCUCGAUGUGCGGGCUUCUGCGCGCACUCGACACCAACUUGAACCAAAAGCAAACUCCUCCUCCUCCUCCGUCCUCCUCCUCCUCCUCCCUUCGGUUUCUCUCAUCCUCUCCCUCCCCCCCCGCUCCUCUAUGCUCAGUUCGGUGUGUGUAUCCUCUUUCAAAGGGCGCAAGGGUGGGAACAAGUCGUCCAACAAAGCAUGUUACAGCGCAGACAUGACUUGUCCGUCGGAAAGCGAGAAAAUCGUGAUAAACUGCGGGGGGGUGCGCCAUGAGACCUACCGGAGCACCCUAAAGACGCUGCCCGGCACCCGCCUGUCGUGGCUCACGGAGGCGGACGCGUUCAACAACUUCGACUACGACCCCAAAUUAGACGAGUUCUUCUUCGACCGCCACCCGUCGGUGUUUUCCUUCAUCCUGAACUAUUACCGCACCGGGAAGUUGCACUGUCCCAACGACGUGUGCGGCCCCCUGUUCGAGGAGGAGCUGGCUUUCUGGGGCAUCGACGAGACGGACGUGGAGGCGUGCUGCUGGAUGAAUUACCGCCAGCACCGGGACGCGGAGGAGGCGCUGGACAGCUUCGAGAAUCCGGAACCGGGAGAACCGGACGACGAGCCGGCGCUGGGCGGCGCGGACGGGGACUUGAAAAGACUGUGCAUGCAGGAGGACGCGAGGAAAGCGGGCUGGUGGAAAACCUGGCAGCCCCGAAUAUGGGCGCUGUUCGAAGACCCCUAUUCCUCCAAAUAUGCCCGGUACGUGGCAUUCGGCUCCCUCUUCUUCAUCCUCAUCUCCAUCUCCACUUUCUGCAUGGAGACGCACGAGGCCUUCAACACCAUCCUCAACAAGACGGAAAACGUCACGGUGGGCAACACGACCCGCGAGGAGAUCGUGUACGAGGUGGUGACUGACAGCUGGUUGACCUACGUGGAGGGCGUGUGUGUCAUUUGGUUCACCAUCGAGGUCCUGCUGCGCGUCACCUUCUGCCCGGACAAGCUCGAGUUCUUCAAAAGCAGCCUGAACAUCAUCGACUUCGUGGCCAUCCUGCCCUUCUAUCUGGAGGUGGGCCUGAGCGGGCUGUCCUCCAAAGCCGCCAAGGACGUCCUGGGGUUCCUGCGCGUCGUCCGGUUCGUCCGGAUCCUCCGAAUCUUCAAGCUCACGCGCCAUUUCGUGGGCCUCCGCGUCCUCGGCCACACCCUGCGCGCCAGCACCAACGAGUUCCUCCUGCUCAUCAUCUUCUUGGCCCUCGGGGUGCUCAUCUUUGCGACCAUGAUCUACUACGCUGAACGAAUUGGCGCGGACCCGGACGAUCCGACGGCCAGCGCCCACACCAAUUUCAAGAACAUUCCCAUUGGGUUUUGGUGGGCCGUUGUGACCAUGACCACGCUGGGCUACGGCGACAUGUACCCGGAGACGUGGUCGGGUAUGCUGGUGGGCGCGCUGUGUGCCUUGGCUGGCGUGCUGACCAUCGCCAUGCCCGUACCCGUGAUUGUCAACAACUUCGGCAUGUACUACUCCCUGGCCAUGGCCAAGCAAAAGCUGCCCAAAAAGAAAAACAAGCACAUCCCCAGAGCACCUCAGCCGGGGUCCCCCAACUACUGCAAGCCAGACGCCCUGGCCAUGGCUACUGCAUCGCCGCAAAGGCUCCUGGGAAAUGUCCUUGGUGGAGUGAUAGGGCCCGGAGGCCUCGCGGGAGACUGUCCUCUUGCCCAAGAAGAAAUAAUAGAGAUCAACAGAGAUUCCAAGCAGAACGGCGAUGCGGCUUCGGCCGCGCUGGCUAACGAGGACUGUCCCACCAUCGACCAGGUGCUGAGCCCGGACGAGAGGAGCCCCAUCGGGCGAGGCCCGACCCGGGAGCGCUACCAGCAGGACCGCGCCUGCUUCCUGCUCAACACCAGGGAAUUCCGCGCCACAGAUGGGAACGUGCGCAAAGGUUGUGUCAUAUCACGCGUGUCAACAGGCUAUGACAAGUCUCACAGUCUGAAUAACAUAUCGGGAUCGUCCGGGUCCUCAUUGCGGCUCGCUCCUAUCAUUAGCCCCCCGUUUGAAGCCUACGAGGCCCCGGGGCCACUGCGCCGCUGUCGCUCCCCCAUUCCCUCCAUUUUGUAGCAAAAUAAAUAAAUAAAAAGGAUGUUCCUGAUUGGACGAUAAGAGAUGCCUUGGAUCAGCUGCGGAACGGAUUGUACAGCAGAAACAAUAGCAAUAACAUGAAAUGAACUUGAAUGUAGGAAGAACGGCCCCUUGUCUUGUGAAUCUAACGGUUUAUGAUGCACGAGUCAGGUUAGCUGAUGGGGUCAAAUACCAACUGUACGCUGAUAUAGGAUCUUUAAAAGAAAUAAGAUGUGGAUCGGUUCGUAAAUAAAAUAGCAGCAGAGAUUAAAAGAAAUGUAAUUAAAACAUGUGCACAGUUACGUUAUACUAGUGAGGUCUAAGUGUGUAGGUGGACAUCCUUUUUAAAAGUUAUGGACCAAACAAAAAGCUCUCAACACUGUUCAGAGAAACGACCAUAAGAUGGGAAACUCUACUUUAUUUAACCAAAGACAUGAAUACAUCUACUGAAAAGGGUUCUACUUUCUGUCUUUUGUCAAUGUUAAUGUAUGUGGCCUAAAGCGGACACAUCAUUUUGGUAAUUCUGCCUCGACAAGACACGUUAUUUUACAUUGUAACACCAUUGGACACUUUAGCUUUAUAGUUUACACAGAGAUGUAAAAAAUAUAAACAGAAAAAUUCUGCUUUAACACUAAGACCACAAAUAUUCUUCAGAGAGCUAUGUGAAUCGCUCAACCUAACAUACGUCUUUAAAUUUAUACUUGAUUAUAUUGUAUCAGGAUCCCAUGUAUGGAAAUGCUACCUUCUGGUGUACAGUUGAAGGUCUAUUCUUUAGCAUUUGCAAGCAUGUUGUCUCUUAUAUUUCCACAUAUAUAUAUAUAUAUAUAUAUAUAUGCAAUCAUAACAAUCAUAGUCCCAGACAAAAAUGGGAAUUUAAUCAAAUGCCCCAGACAUCCUUUUGUUGCAAACAUUGCUAAGACCUCACGAGUAGCGGCCUCGCUAGCUACACGCUAACUGCGUUUCGUCUUCCAGACAGUCUUUGGUAAAAUAGCACAAUCAGGCUAUCAGAUGCGCAGAGAUUAUUUUAUUUUUUAUGAUGUUUAAUGACUGAGUGGAAAGUAAAUUAAAUAUAUACGUCUAAAUCUAAUUUAAUUGUAUUCCCGAAAGCUACUUAUAAUAUAUAAACCAACAUUAGAUUAAGCUAUUUUAAAAGUCAGAUAUGGAUGAAUACAAAAUUAACAAUAAACAUCUAAAUCUAACUAUCUGUUCUGACCCAUUUUUUCUUUUUUAUUGAUUUUUUUUCCUCUUUUAUUUUUAUUCAAGUGUUUCUAAAACCGUUUAAAAAAAUACUAAUUCAAAAGAAAUGCAAUCAUUUAAUUCUAAAAAAUACUACAGUGCUCGUAUUAUACCAUUCCCUUCAAUAAUCGGUUUUAGGCAAUUAAUAGCUUUUAUUUUUGUAAAGGAUGUUUUCCUCUGACUGCCAUCCUCACAUUUAAAUACAACAAAUGUAGAAGUUGAGCUAAAAAUAUUUAAAAAAACAGUAAUAACACAUUCGUGUAUGCAAUAAACAUGCAAUUUUAUUUAACUGCUGGAAAGAAAUGCUGUGCACAUACAUAUAUAAAUAUGCAGAUCUAUUUUCAAUCAUAAAGAUGCACAGACUCUGUAGGCAGCCUACUUAUCGUCUUUGACUCAGCUGUGAGGAGUAUUAUUAUGACACCAUGAGCCGGUUGUCUGAUUUCAAGUCAGUGUUACUGGUCCUUUGAACUUCUUCCUGUCGUGACUGCCACUUUUAAUUGUUUCAGUUUUGUAAUGGUUUUGUAUGUUUCUCUCACUUGUACUGGUAAUGUGUAUUUCACUGUAAGGAAUGCCUUUUCUGUACUACUGAUUGUCUAAAAUAACGUUUCUUUUGAAAAAGACACAAUGUUGUAUUUAACUGUGGUAAAUGUAGUGAGACUAAAAGCAAGAGCAGAAACUGUGUUUUAUAAAGUGCUUUUAGAGACAAAAAAUCCUUCGUAGGUACGAGCAAGUAUUUAGAGUAUUUACUUGUUUAGAGGAAAAUCCUGAAAUUCAUAAUCUAUGGUCCCGAUCACCUUUUUGUCUAAAAUCGAUGUGCUUCCGGACUCUUCAACUCUUGAGAAAAUUAGAUAUGCAGUUUUGUGACUAUGGCAUCACUUGAUUGUUGAGUCUUCUGGGGUUUGAGCGUUGUGUAGAAGUUUUAGUGUCUCACUUAUAACAGAGUUGAUGCAUCGCACAUAUUCCAGACCGAACACGCAAACAGUUCUGCUCAUGCUAAACAUUUUCACGUUUCACCGAUACGAUGUCGAAAAAUGACAAGGAUUUUGUGUCCUCUGAAAAUAUCUGAAACCGCAUGCAGAGCUUUUGUUUCUCCAGCGAAUCGACGCGUUUUUUUAUGUAUAAUGUCGACAUAAACUGAGGGACGGUAGGGAAAGUGUGUGUUCGUGUCGAUUUGUCUAGCAGGUAAUGUUUUGUGAAAAUGUAAUGAGUACAAUUACACACAUCGAUCCUCUGAGGUCCUCUUAGUCCACAUCGGCGCACUCGUAAUCUUAAAAGGACUCCAAAGCUUGGACGUAACAUGUCCGUCCAUCCUUAACACCUGCAUUGAAUUGUUCUUUGAUACCACAAUUAAAUGAGAAUGGGUGUGAGGAAUGACGUCAUCUCACAGACCCCUGAUUUCAUUUGAACAUCCGUGGCUUUAGAAGUACUGUAUUUGUUUACAUUUGCUUUGUAACGUAUGAGAAUGUGAUAAUUGUGGUUCUGUUGAGUCUCGUCACACAGUUGAGGCUAAAUCAGCCCCCCCUGACGUGCACAUAGUCAAAGUAAACCCAACAGGCAGAUGUUGUAAGUGCCUCUAUGAGGCCCUCGUAGGCUCCCAUGUCAAUUUAGGAUUUCAUGCAAACCAGCUAGAUUUAACUAGCUGAACCUUCCAAGCAAUGCGUAAUAGGUGAGUAGUUAUUAUUGAACAUGUACAUAUCUGUAUCUACACAUAUGAACACAUUAAAGUCAUACAGAAUGAAUGUAUCUAUGUAUGCUUUGUGAGCGGAACCUGCGUCACUUAACCUUGACCGUGGAUCAGAUUCUGUUAAUGGACAGAUUCACGCAGCCUUUUAUUUGUUUUACAACUAUCAUGCAAUGAUCUGAAUUGUCUUGCCAACAGCUUCUUCUUUUUUUUGUUUUUCUGGCGAAAACUGCAACUAUACAGUGGAAAUUGACAGAGGAAGAGGGUGAAACGAAGAGCAGACGAAGAGCUGAUGUGGCUGCGAUUAAGCACGGCGUUCGUACCGACGAGGCCACGACACAAGUGUUUAAUCUCCCAGUGAAUAACGCGCGAUGCAAGCACAUGUCAUUCAAAGAAUGGUUUGGCAAAAAAAGGAUUUGACAAAUGCUCAACGUGCCGCGUCACUUUCUCGAACUUGCGCCUGUGUUUGCGUGACGUGUGGCAGAAGUCGGCCCGGGACGUAAUUCUAUUACUUUUGUAAAAGCAUUCAUGUAUGUUUGUAUGUGUCCAUCCGUCAAAAAUGUUUUUCUACACAUCAUUUCAAAUGAUUCUACACACACACACACACACACACACACUGAUGUUUGCUGAGGUUUGGAGGUGGCAGCGUGUCAGUGGGUGCCGGUCAGUUUGGCUGGCGGCUUGUUUCAUUCAAGUCUAACGUUUCCUUUUCUAAUGUUGUCCGACACCAGUUUUACUGUCAACAUUUCCUGGUUUUUGUUAUGCGAGAAUAACCUCUGUGGCAACGCAUUGUGGGGCGUACGUCGGAGAUAUUAGCCUCGCCAUUGCCGUUUAAACGUGUGCGUUUCAUUCUGACAUGCACAGUUAACCAGCCGUUUACAGGUAAUGGUAAUCCCUGAUUACUUCCCCUAUUGCACAUAAUAAUAGUCACAGCAUAAAACGCUGUUAUUAAACUAAAUGUAAUUGGCAAAUUCCAAAAAGAUGAGAUUGGUUUACAUUAGUGGAUAUCUGUUGUAAACCAAUCUGGUGCUCGUAAUGUUACAACUUGAUUGAACAUGAUUUCAUACAAAUACUGGUGAUUCUGUGUGGGAAUUAAUGGCUUUCUGUUCUUGUCUCCACAGUGUUGAGUUUCUAGCGUUCGCCUUCUCUCUAAUGACGAGUCAGUAAGCGGUAAACACUAUUUUUUUGCGGCGGGAGCCACGUCCAGUGUGACAGGGAUGGACGGUUUAAAGGAGAUCUUUGGAGGGGGGGAGGGGGGCGGAGGUUGAUUAUGAAUGAAACCAUCACAUGGUCUGCUCCUCGCACGCAGUUACAAAAGCAGCCUCCUGGAACUCCGACCACGUUUUUAACAACCCCCCCCCCUGACUGGCUCCCCCCCCACACUCCCCCCCCCCCACACACACACACCCUUUUCUCUGAAAACUGACUGAGCGUCGCACUGACACACUUUUGGGAGAGAAGAGACUCCUGAUGACACAUUCCCUUUGACAACGCUACAACGCGGCGGCGUCUGCAGCGCUGAGCAACUGAGCAGCUUCACACGUUUUUAAAAGAAACACUCUUCUUCACGAAGGACCGAACGAACAAUGUAGCAUCUCUGCUAACAUAUUGUAGCAUUUGUUGGCUGGGAGAUAACUUGACUUUAUCCACCAACAGUUGGAAGAGAGGGAUUUAUGCAUUCGGGGGAUCUUUCAGAUGUCAUUUUCCUCUUGGGUUCCUUUCCAGCGAAGAAAAAGAGAACCGGAGUACAUGAGAGACAAAGGAUUGGUCUUUCAGUGCAUAUGAAAUCAAUCACAAAUGCACAGUAUUUACCAACACCCAUACUACAGUUCCUAGUACAAGUUUAGCACUUGUGCAGCGUGUUCGCCACUGAACCAAUGUCUUCCACCCUCCUCUCAUCAGACUGAAUCACUGCCCUCCUCGACAGUGCCGAGGUGAUCAGAAAUAGCACUAACUACCAAGUCGAUCAAAUGAAGCACAUGUAGCAUCAGCUCACACAGGUUGUGUUUGGCACUUACUGUACAUUUAGACUCGCCUGAAACGUCCGCCAAAAGACAACGGUGGAAAAAGACGUCUCUUUAUCUCUCAUGUACCGCACGCGGGCUCGGCCCCAAAGUCCACGCGGGAAUACCAAAGGUCCUGUAGCAAGUUCUUGCUGAAUGACCUUCUGUAAUGUGUAGUUUAGACUAGGAGGAAUAUUCCGUUUAGGUUGAGGUCUUGUACUCAUCCUCUCACUGCCCAUUGCCUCUGUUUGGUACAAAUACAUUCCUCUAAAAAGUACUUUAACUGCCGCUAGAAUCGCAUCCCUAUAUGCACAUUGAAAUAUUACAAGUGUGUGCAGGAGCAAAAAGGCUCGAGGAGACGGAACAAAAGUCUCGGAGACAAUUGUCCGUCGUCCUUCGGUAUCAUGGGAUGUUGGUCGGCCUAAAACUGCUACAGAAACGGCGUUCUUGCCACGGGGACCGGUUUUACGUCACGGUAAACUGUCCGUUGGCUGUUAUCAUUCCGAAUGGGACCAAUCAGAUAAACACAAGGCCGCCACUGCCAAUCUCUAGUCGAAUACUGCCCCGUCGCUCCCUCGUCCCUCUUGCCGCCAGCAAGUGCUUCUGAGGCGAGUCGAUGUCAGGAGAGAGAGAGAGGACGUCCCGUUCAAGAAACAGCCCGAGAGUGGAAGUGUACAAAGAGAAAAGAAGAAAAAAAAAAUCUAUAUUUUGAUAAACAAAUCAACUAUACGAGGCCGCGGAAGGACGUUUCUGAGCAGAAAAGGUCCAGAAUGGACUAGACGAGAAAAAAAAUAAAAUAAAGAGGUGCAAAUGUUAAUAGAAAAAUUGGCAUCAUGAAAUGGAGCCAAAGUCACGGAAAAAAAAGAUGGGAGGUGAAUAUUUUGGUUUGGGUGAACUCGUUUUCCCCCCUCACGCACUGGGGAAAUGUUUUUUGAAAGACAACGUUGCCGACAAAGACGCAGGGAUUCGAAAAGAUGGACGCUGAGAUAAACAAAUGAAGAAAAAAAAAAAGGAAAUGCAUUUUUGUAACUUUGUUUACCAGCAUGACUAGUUUGCAUGACUGUCUUUUCUGCAAGCCCUUAGUUGAAGACGAGGGUGCUAGAGGUUAAAAAAAAAAAGUAUAUACAAAAUGAAUUAAAAAAUGUUAUAUGCAAUUAAUGUUUUAAAAAAGAUUAUAAUGAAAGAGAAGAGCUAUAUUUUGUUUUGAAAAGUUGAAAAAAAAUGUGAAUAUUGAAACGUGUAUGUUUGCACCCUGAACUGCGCUUUGUUUGAUGAAAUCUCUCUGCUUCUCCUGCCCUUCGUUCUGCCACAGUUUGACCUCAUCGCGCUUCGAGCGGGAUACUUUCAAACCGUUUUGCCAAACCGGACCAUUUGCGCAAAGGGUGUUUGUUGUCAAUCACAAAGUCCAUGUUUUUCCUCCUUGAAUCAUUUGCACAACUAUCGUAGCAGCAGCAGCAGCAGUUCUAAAACCACGGCCCUCCGCACCUUCGCCUGCUUGAAUACUUCUCAUAGUGUGCUUGUUUUUUUUUUUCCUUUGGCAAUAAUACAAGCGUUGUCUCAUGAUUGUAGCAGGGCCAACGGAGAGUAUCCUCGACGCCUCAGCGGUGGAGUGCUCUGCAAAGGCCUUGGCUUCUCCCACGGCGGGAUCUCGCCCCGGGUUCGCUGUUCUGUUCCUAAGUAGAAAAAAAAAACAAAAAAACGGGAGCACAAGUGCUGUACGAGAGAUUCGACACCGGCGAACAAUCAAGGGGGAUUUCAGGUUUGCAUGGAGCCGACUGCCAUUCCAAAGCUUGCGUGUGGCGUACAGGACUCAGGCGUGUUGAUGGCGUGCGUGGACGUAGGUGUUUUCUUUCUAACAUAAUGUAUUCCAGUAUAUAGGUAACGAUAAUGUGAACGCCUCACCGUGAUGUGUAAAAAAACGCAUGCAUUAUGACUCGAUGGUCUCGAUGGGGGCUGUGGUGGGGGUGGGGGGGUGGUGGGGUUAGCCUCCCCCGUCAUCGCCUGCCACAGAGUCCAGUUCCUGACAACUAUGAACACUGUGCCGUGUCGUAGAGCAGCAACGUCUUCCCUCGAGAGGCGACUCCCAGCGUCGGCAUGAGCGUGUACAGGUAGCUCGUCGUGGUGUUUUUUUUUUUCGUCUAGAUGGUCAGGUCCUUUCGCAUUCGUCGACACACCCACCGAGGUUCCCGUGGCCCGGGCCGGGCAGCGAGUCACGUGAGCACCAAUCAAAGAGACCCAGAGCUUCCAAAAUGAUGUCAGUGGGGUACUUUAAGUUAAGUGUUGUGAGAGCGAGAGAGAGAGAGAGAGAGAGAGAGCACUGUCCACCAAGAGGAGAUUCAUGUUGAAGCAAAUACAAGGCCAUCGUUGAGUGCUUUCCAAGCAGCUCUUCCUCCCGAUUGGAAUUCUAAGUGAGUUUCAGGCCCUGCUGGUCCGGGGCUCAGCUCAGGCAGCUGAACGCUCCUCCGUCCGUUCCCAGUAGGUCACGGUCGGAGGCUCACCAGAGUAUUGUGUGAUGUAGUCGAGGUUUCUCGGGUUCCAGAGCCUCUGUCUACUUGCAAAAAGGCUCCGUGGGUUUUUUUUUUUGUUGUUUUUUGGUCCCUCGUCUUCGGUUCUCAGCUGCCGACGUUCACGGCGGGAGGCAGUAAGAAACUACAGCGCGGCUUCGAAGGUCACACAGAAGUUCAUGAAUAUUUCACAAGUAAACCUCUAUUAAUGGCGUGCAAACACCCGGUAGUUUUUUGUUUUGUUUUCACGGCCCCAAAGAAGCCGGUCGUGGUGUUUUUUCUCCCACCGUUGCGUUUUGCCAUUUCCUCAUUCUCUACAUUGUGACUGCUCCACCAACGCCUGGCUGGAAAAAAAAAAAAGAUGUCUUUCCUUUUCUACUGCUUAAUACUGCCAUUUGAUUUACUUAUAUUAUAACAGAGCAGGUUACAACGUUAAGUCUGUUUUAUUUUGCAAUCUGUUAUAAAAUGUCCCAAAAAAAAAAAAACCUUCCUUUGUAACACUCACGUAACCAAAAGGACAGAAAAUGCUUUACAUGGUAAGUAGGUGCGCCGUUAAACGGCUCCUUCGUCUCCUCCAGGUGUGUGGAAGGCGUCAUGUGGUCCUCUACGAUAUCCCAUCGGUUCGAUCUGUGUGCCUGUUUUCUGUUUUUCUUUAGUUUUUUUUUUGUAAAUUGAGGACACUGUAUGCAAUGUGCACCACGAAUGCCACUGAUCGACACUUACUGUACCCGAGACGCAGACGCUCUGUCAUCAGUUCAGGUGAUUGCAACCGCACGCGUAGUAGCUUUAUGGCUCCACAUAAAGGGAUUCAGCGAUCACGCUAAUCUAAAAAGUGUUUUAUUUUACGAGGUGGUAAGACCAGACUUGUUUUAGAGGACAUGUUAUCAUACUGAAUAGAUUUUUGAAAUAUAUUUAAUAGCUUAUUUUAAUUAGAAAUAAUGUGACAAACACCACAAAGGUCGAUAUAUACGUACAUCUGAUAUUACAGGCUAGCAUCAUGCAUUUACGUAAGCAUUCCAAAGACGAAAAGAUGUAUUUUUCAUUUCACAUGCCAUCAAAUUGUAUACCAGUGCCAGUGGUACCAGUGCCAGUGGUACCAGUGCCAGUGGUACCAGUCCACUGCGCGUCGGUCUUAGUAGGAGAGUGAAUGGGGAGAGGAGGUGGUCACUGGAGUAUCUGGUCCUGACUUAUGCCGGAUUUUAUUUUUGAAAUGUUGGAACACAAAGAACAACUCAUCAAGAACUGUAUAAAGUAUAUUUCAAUGGAAUGUUCAUGAUCUAUCUUUUUAUAUUUUGAAGAAAAAAUAGAAACAUAUCAAUAAAGUGUCAUAAUUGAACAUA